AUGUCGGAUUCCGAGGCAGAAUUCGAGGACGGACAAGAGUUCUACUUUGGCGAGUACGAUGGCGAGCGGAACGAAGCGGGGGAACGGCACGGCACCGGGAAGGCGACUUUGUCCAACGGAGAUGUCUACGAAGGACAGUACGAAAAGGGACAAAGGCAUGGCGAAGGUGUCUACAAGUUCAAAGGUGGAGCACGAUAUGUCGGAUCCUACUCGAGAAAUAAAAAGGUCGGUGAGGGAAAAAUGUAUUACCCAGACGGCUCAGUUUACUCCGGUCAGUGGGAAGACGACAAGAAAAAUGGAAUCGGAACGUACACAUAUGUCAACGGUGACACUUACGAAGGCCAGUUCAAAGAUGAUAAACGCCACGGCGAUGGUACUUACACGUUCAAAGAGAACGGCACAGUCUUCAAAGGAAAGUGGGAAAGUGACCAGGCAAAUGGAGGUGCUGAGCUCAUUCACAAAAAUCACCGCUACCAGGGCGGCUGGAAGACCAACCAAAUAAGCGGUCCUGGAAAAUACGUUUUCGACAUUGGCUGCGAGCAACACGGCGAGUACGUGAGCAUCGUGGUUGAAGACGGCGAAGAAGAAGAGGAUGAAAAUAAAGCCUCGAUUUCUAGAUGGAAGGCUCACCACAUCGCUCCAAUUACAGUUGCUACCGCUCAAUAA